AUGAACAUCCGACCCGAAACUGAUAAUAGCGGUCGCACGGAGGAAAAUAAUCCAAUCUGUCCUCUCGUGCAGCGAUCUCGACUAGAGUUCAACCCCACACUGCAGGCGUGGCGUUGGAUUCCAAGUCAGGGAAAAGGCGGAGAGCGGAGAGCGGAAAGCGAGAAAACGCCGGCAACCGAAGAGGGGCAGAGUAAGGAGCGGGAAAAGGAAGACGAGAUCAACGAGACAAUCUUAUAG